UACAACGUUAUCACCAUUAUUUGGUUUAUUUAUACAACAUAAGACAUAUUACGCUGAGAUAAUAGAACUUGCUGUCGUCGGUAACGAACGUGUUAUUAAACAUUGUUUUACGAUGAGAGUUGUAGAAAGAGUUAUCUUUAAGUGUAUUAAUGUUUCGAAAUUUUUAUUAACACCUAAGCAAUGUAUUUUAACCGCUAAAUAUUCAACAAAGUGCGAUGGAUUACUUAGCGAUAUUAAUGUCCUAGAUUUAACUAGAGUCGUUGCGGGACCUUUUUGCACUAUGACCCUAGGUGAUUUAGGCGCGAAUAUUAUUAAAGUUGAAAGCCUAGAUGGUGAUGAGGCUAGAAAAUGGGGUCCCCCUUUUGUUGAAGGUUCUAAGGAUUCAUAUUACUUUAUGGCUAUAAAUAGGAAUAAAAAAAGUAUUUGCAUUGAUUUAAAAACUAUGGAAGGUAAGCAGGUUGUGUAUGAUCUAGCCAGGAAAUGUGAUAUAGUUGUGGAAAAUUUUCUUCCUGGAAAACUAGAUAAGCUCGGUGUUGGCUACGAAAAGCUAAGUGGAAUUAAUCCAAAGUUAAUAUACUGCGCAAUCACAGGGUUCGGUCCUGUUGGACCUUAUGCAAGUAAACCGGGCUAUGAUGUUGUUAUAUCCGCUAUGGGGGGUAUGUUAAAUGCUACCGGAGAAAAGAAUGGCAAUCCAGUGAAGCCAGGAGUUGCUAUUACUGAUGUAACGACAGGACUUCACGCGUUUGGGGCAAUCAUGACCGCCUUGUACUAUAGGGACAAGACUGGUCGAGGUCAAAAAAUUGAUUGUGAUCUUUUAUCCACUCAAAUAUCAAGCAUGAUCAACAUCGCUAAUAUUUACUUGAACUGUGGUAUUGAAGGGCAGAGAUGGGGCACAGCACAUGCCAACCUUGUCCCCUACCAAGCCUUCAAAACUAAAGACGGUUUCAUAGUUAUCGGUACAGGAUCUAAUGCACAAUUCAUUGAUUUUUGCAAAUUAAUCAACAGACAAGAUUUAAUCUCCGAUGAGCGUUUCAAAGACAACGCGUCAAGAGUCAAACAUCGUGACGAAAUCGUAGAGAUUAUCAGCGAGAUAAUUGUUACUAAGACAAAGAAAGAAUGGUCGUCGAUUUUCAAAAAUGCCUCGUUUCCGAACGGUCCCGUUAACAAUAUGGGCGACGUUUUUAGCGAUGAACACGUCAAAGAUAUUGGUUUAGUCAAAGAAUUGCCGCAUAACGUUGCGGGAACCAUCAAAAUGGUCGGACCCCCAACUUUAUACUCAGAAGGGGGGAAUUUCGCAAGAACGGCACCACCCACUUUGGGUCAGCAUACAAGAGAUGUUCUGACUAAUUUCUUGGGGUAUGAUAGCACGAAAAUUGAAGAAUUGUUUGGAAACAAGGUUGUCCAAUAAACUUAUACAUAUUAAUGCAUAGUUAAUCAUGUUUCUUUAUUCGGGACCCAGGAGUCCGUGGAGCGCGUGGCGGUGAUCACGCUCCGGCCGACGCGGAAUCAACAGCGGAAGAAGGUUGUCUGGACUGAGGACACCGUAGAUAACGAAAAUAUGAACAAGAAGAAAUCUAAAUGUUGUUGUAUAUACGAGAAGCCUCAUCGCUUCGGCGAGUCCGACUCGGAGGAUAGCGACGAUGAAUGUGAGCACUGUUUUGGGCACGUCGAGCGCAAGCACAAGAAGCACCACACAGCAACAGUGACAACAACAGAAAUACAGGAGACCGUAGAGCAAACAGCAUCAAUAACGCUACAGCAGAGCGAGCCAGCACCCGCGCCGCCGGACCGGCCCCCGACAAACGGCUAAAAUCCAUGCAUACAUACUAAUAAAUAUUAUUAUAUUAUAAACGGUUAUUCAAUGAAAAAAAUAUAUUUAUUAUAUUCAAGAAAUUGUUAAUACGUUAAUUAAUGUAUUCUUUAUAAAUAUUGGAAAAAUAAUAUCAGCCAUUUAUAAUAAAAAAGUAGAAAUAUAAGUGAGUUUGACAGAAACUGGCAUUAACGUUCAUAGUAUUCCAUUAUGAUAUAUAAUGCAUUUAGUCAUUUAUCUCGUUAACUCAUUGAAAUAGUAACGAACCAGCAACCGAGUUGAUUAAAAAGUAUUAUUUGGUUGUGAAAAUUUCAAGGAAUUGAUAUUCUGAUGAAACUUAAUUUCAAUUAUUUGUAAUCAAAUAGUCUUUAAUUUAGAUAUAAAAUAUUUCAGUUGUUAAUAAAUAUCCUUAAAGCAGUUUACUUAAAAGCUUUUUUCAUUAAGAGUUGAGCCCACUAGGAUGUGAGGGUCGUUUUUGGGUACGUGAUAAUAGGACUAUAUACUUUACGUAUUAACAAAUAAAAAUUUUGUGAACGCGCUGAAAUAUUUAAGUAUCUCUUUUGUUCAAUAGGGUUGCCAGUUGUAAUAUUGCUUAUGGUUAAUAAUAUUUUGUCGUCUAUUGCAUUUUAUUCUUCCGAAUCAAUUUUAUUUAUAACUCAUUUAUGUAAAUGAGGACGAAAAAGGGCCUAGCAAUAAUCCUAUCGGAAUUCCAUCUUUAUCUUUUUUUGUUUAUUGUAUAUUAAAAGUUUGUGUUAAGUCACAACAUCCUUAAGGCAUCCUGUAACUUCUCCCAGGCUUAUAGAUGAUACUUUUCAAAAUAAAUAAAUAAUAAAUCAUUAUCCAGAAGAGAUUAUCGUUAAUAAAAUUUAUAACAAGUAUGUAAUGGAAAUGAGAUAUUUUCUUUAUAAAUAGUAACGUGGCGUACGAUAAAGGCUAAAGUUAAUAAAUUCAUUCUAAUCUUAAACCUGUAGAUUAGAAAGUGUGCCAAUAAUCAUUCGACGGAUUAGUUUUUUUUUUUAUUGUAUCCGACCUUCGGUCGAUUUUGACGUCGAACUGAAACUAGUUAAUAUACCUUUGUUUUAAUAUAUAUAUAUUUUAUGAUUAAUUGUACUAUAAUUCUAACUAAAAUAAUGUCUUUAAAUUUUAAUUAAUAAUUUUUUGUAAUAAAUACCCAAAAGGCAAUCCUAUUCGUGACUAUGAAAUGUAAUUUAUUAUUAUUGAAACUUCAGUGUAAGUGUCGAGUCUGCCUCGCGGGCAAUUUGCUUGCCUAUACCGCACCAAGGGCGGGGGCGAGAAUUAAGGCUCCGCCUUAAAAUUCGAGCCAGUUAGAAUUCGAAUGACGUCCAUCCUGAAAAUGUAGUAUGAGAUCGCACGUCAGCUCAGGUCGUGCUCGAAAGAAUGGAAAGCACUUAGUUUUUUCUACGAUUUGAUUUUGACGGCGCCCCAAGGAAAUAUGAUUACGUCCUACCAAGCUUUUAAAAGUGGCCUGGUAGAUUACGUUGGUGCCGCGUUAUAACGACGAUUUGUCUCGAAAUUACCGUUACUUUUCAAAAAAUCUUUAUAAUGAUGUGACUAUAUUUUGUAAAUUUUACAAAUAUAUAUAUAUAUAUAUAUAUAUAUAUAUAUAUACUAAUUUUUAAAUGGCAACUCUUUAUAUAACAGUUUAAUAAUGUUACUUAUACUGUAUUGGUAAUUUUAAACUUAAUGAUUCAUAGAUGUUAAAUAUUCUACACGAUCGCGAAGCGGGAUUAUAAAUAAUGUAUACAGCAAAGCGUUAUCGUGUGUCACUAGUGUGGCAACUGUUUUAUAGUUCCGCGUCGCAGUUGCGCGAUCGAGUAGAUGGUUGCGGUCCCUUGUCUUUAAACAUACUUAAUUAUUUUUAAGUUCAAAUAUUAAAUAAAUACAUUAUGAGAAAA